AGACCCGGACGAGCACAACAGUCCGAGCUCCAAACAAGUCUGAAGACUUCGACAUACUUCGACACACUGCGGAGCAAUCGCACACUUCUCCAGAGGAUUCGCACCAAGCUGCAAGAAGAAGAAGAAAGAAAGAAAGAAAAGAAAGACAAAAUGAUUUUCGACAAGUUGAAAAAGUUUGACAUCGUCUUCGACUCGCCGGAGUUCGACUGUCCGCCGGUGUUCAGCAGCGGCGACGUGGUGUCCGGCCGCGUGCUGCUGCAGCUCGGCGGGGCGAGCAGCGUGGCAUCGCUGAAGCUCCACGCCGAGGGCUUCGCCAAGGUCCACUGGACCGAGUCCCGGUCCGCGGGCUCCAGCACCGCGUACACGCAGAACUACAGCGACGAGGUGGAGUACCUGAACCGGCGGGAGGUGCUGCUGCAGGCAGAUAACGGCGAAGUAAUCGUCCUUCCCGCUGGCACACAUGAAUUUCCAUUCAGCUUCCAGCUGCCAGAGGAGACGCUGGUCACCUCCUUCGAGGGGAAACAUGGCAGCAUCCGUUACUGGGUCAAGGUCAAGCUACACAGGCCGUGGGCCACCGUCAAGAAGCUGAAGAAGGAGUUUACCGUCAUUGAGCCCAUCGACAUCAACACACCAACCUUACUGGCACCACAGGCUGGAACAAAGGAUAAGAUGGCGCGGGCAUGGUAUCGCAACUUUGGACAGGUGUCAGUUACGGCAAAGAUCGACCGCAAAGGCUACACUCCAGGUGAGGUGAUACCCGUCUUUGCGGAGUUUGACAACUCUACCUCCAGAUCCGUUGUGCCCAAAGCCUUCAUCACUCAGACACAGACGUUCAUCGCCCGCGGCACAAUGAAACAGAAGCGCUCGGUGGUGGCCACGCUGUCUGGUGACAUUGUUGGCGCCAGAUGCCGGGAGACUUGGCACGGUCGCGCCAUCAAAAUCCCUCCUGUGGGGCCCUCCAUCCUGCAAUGCCGCAUCAUCAAAGUGGAGUACAUGCUCAAGGUUUGUGUUGAUGUUCCUGGAACGUCAAAGAUGUGUCUGGAGCUGCCGCUGGUCAUAGGCACCAUUCCCCUCCAUCCCUUCGGCAGUCGAACCUCCAGCGUCAGCAGCCAGUACAGCGUCAACCUGGAGUGGCUGCGUAUGGCCAUCCCCGAGCAGCCUGAGCCUCCUCCAGAUUACAGCUCUGUGGUGACAGCAGAAGAGGCUGGACAGUGCAACAACACGGCGGUCUCAUCGCCGGCUGAUGACCUGAGCGGGAUCCUUGAGCGCCCCCUCAGGGCUUUUGUCCAAGAGUUUCGCUUCCGACCUCCACCGGUGUACUGCGAGAUUGACCCCAACCCUCAGCCCAUCAACAUGAGACCUCGCUGCAUGACGUGUUGAACCAUGAGCUCGGCCUGAAAGUCAACCGACUGAAAUUAAUGAAAUGAAUCAAGAGAUUUGACUUCUCCCGGAUUACUUCUCUAUGAUAAAUGGUACCUGGUCCCACCAAGUGUUGUGGAGAGGGACUGGAGUGCCACAGAGAGGUCAGCAGAGAAGGGGCUCACAGGACCUGGGUGUCAGUGGCGGAGCUGCCACUUCGUUCCCAGUCCACAAAGUAAAGUGGACGCUUUCCUGUUCUGUCGAGAGGGAAGCAACUUCUCUACAUCAGUUCCUGUCCUCCCCAAGUGAUUUUUGGCUCACGACAAAGCGAGCCGCAAUACCUCCCAAUCAACGAUUCCCUCACGUGAAGAGAUUUUUGAGAUUUAAGGAGCUUGGGUGGUGGACGGGGGGAGAUCACUUGAUAUUUUUCAGGUGGUGAGUUGGAGUUGCAACUGGUGUUCAGACGUUAGAAAGUCGCUCUUGAUAGGUUGACAUAUGUUAAGAAGUACAUUGUCAUCGUUGAGUGGCGUAAAGGAAGAAGUGCAAUUGUCUAUAAUCUCCACUCCCGUUUGCCUGGCAACACAGAGGACUAUAACAACCCACAUUGCGAAGCAUUGUGUGACUCAACAGCAGUGUGCCUGAGAAGAUUUCUACUGUUACUGAAAGCACAUACUGUAUCUGAAGGUGCCAUGGUGGAACAAAUAAGCAGCUGUUGAUGUAUUUUAUGCAUGCAGGUAACAAUAUGUAAAAGGGAAAAAUACGUAUGCCUUAAUAAUCUGCAGUAGAAGUUUGUAUGAGAGUUUCAGGGUGUCGUUCUCUCAUGGAGAUGAAUAGAACUCUGAGCGAACUUGGAACAAAAAACGGUUGGAUUGUAUGCGGAUGAAUUCCAAGAAAAGUGUUGUGUCAACGCGAUGGCUGGGGACACAGGUAGCUGUGGUUGUGGUCAGCACAGUGAAAAAGAGAAAACAAAGUAGGAUGAGCAGUUUGUCUAAAGCUGCUUGUAGAUCAGCUCUCUCAGCUGCUAAACAAAAGGAGGAGAUGGAGACUUCUGAGCCAUGUGGUCUGAAGCUUGUGAUGGCAGCCAGAUGCCUCGGUGCUGUGGCGCUCUGUGAAGCUCAGCCGCGGCACACCGCUCAGCGCUCAAGUGGAGCCUUAAGCUGGAGAUGCCACUGAAGUUACACGGACAGAAAACAUUCCAAAAAAAACGAACUCGAGGACCAUGUUUUCUCCUCAACUUCCCAAAAAAAAAAAAACUGGUCUUCAGGGUCAGCUGUGCGACUUCCUUGGCAUGCACUGAAAAAAAAUAAAAGAAUGUAUUUUUAUACAAAUGCCAUAGUUGAUUUAUAAUCUUGCCAAAGUUUUGUAAUUGUCUUUUUCUAAUAAUAAAAAGUAAAUCUUAAAUGGA